GACGCAUCAAAUAUUGGUGCUUGUGGUGAUUGACGUGGAUUUUUACGGCAGAUUCAGAAGUGGACACACGUGAAUUUAUUUGCUGAAUAACUUAGGUUUAAAAAUUGUGCCAAAUAGCCUUAUUAUUUUUAAAAAAUAGCUAAAACAAGAGUCAAACUAAUACUCGUCAUGGGAACCCUAGCCGCAGCUCUUGGCUUACUGUUGAUUAUCGCCAGUGCGCGAUCUGAUGAUUCUCCCAAAGGCCCUAAGGUCACCCACAAGGUUUAUUUUGAUAUUACCAUUGGAGGAGAGAGUGCAGGCACAGUAGUCAUUGGUUUGUUUGGAAAAACAGUUCCAAAAACUACUGAGAACUUUUAUGCCUUGGCUCAAAAGCCUGAAGGAGAAGGCUACAAGGGCAGCAAAUUCCACAGAGUGAUUGAAAACUUCAUGAUCCAAGGUGGUGAUUUCACCAAGGGUGACGGCACUGGAGGACGCAGUAUUUACGGUGAUCGUUUCGAAGAUGAGAACUUCAAGCUACGUCACUAUGGUGCUGGUUGGCUGUCCAUGGCUAAUGCUGGAAAAGACACAAAUGGAUCCCAGUUCUUCAUCACUACCACCAAGACCCCUUGGUUAGACGGCAGACACGUUGUCUUUGGGAAAGUUUUGGAAGGAAUGGAUGUUGUGCGUAAGAUUGAAAAGUCGCCGACUGGCGCAAACGACCGUCCAGUAAAGGAUGUUGUCAUCGCGAACUCCCGUGCCGAACUUGUCGCAGAGCCAUUCAGCGUCACAAAGGAGAGUGCUCAAUAACACAAUGUUUAUUUUAAGUUAAGCCAUAAUACACAUUAAUUUUAAAAUGACAGUGCUCAAGUCUCUAACCGAAAUACGUUGUAAAUAUUCAAUCGUGAUUGAAGAACGCAAUACUGUUUUAGUUGCAGUGCAUUUACAUAAAAAUCAAAAUGAUAUUAUUUUCUCAUAUGUUUUGUUAAACAACAUAAUUUUACAGGGUGAAAUUUGAGAUUGAAAAUACAAAUCUUUAAUUUUAAAAUAUAUUGUUCUUAAUAUUCCUUUUAAAAAUAAAGUUAUAAGAUUAACUAUGGUUUUUUAGUUCUUGUAAACAUGAUUCAGCUUCUUGUUUGAUAUCAUUAUUUUUGGACACAACCCCCAAUUUCCAUCCAUAACCACAACUUUUUCUGGCCUCAGCUAUUAAGUUUUUCUUCAAAUAUGCUCUUCCUAAAUUAACAUACAUGGCUCCCAUGUCAUCCAUAUUUAAAUCUUUUCCUAAUUCAAUAGCUUCUUUAAAGUAGUUUAUGCUUUCAUCGGCCUUGCCUAGAAGGUCACAGACUGUUCCAAUAUCGUUGAGUUGAAUAACAAUGUGUUCUUUAUCUACAUCUGAAACUUCCCUCAUCCAUUUUAAUGAACUUAUCAGCAGUGGCAGACUCUGUUCAAUUUGUUGACAAUCAAGAAACAGUCUGCCAUACCAGUCCUCUGUCAUUGCUAAAAGUUUUUUGGUCGCAUCGUCUGCACCAUAUUGCAUAGCAGUUCUCAGUUUUUCUAAACAGUAAUCGUAUCCAAGUUGGGCUGUGGAAUAUUCUUUUUUUAGAUGACUGAUUCUAGCUAGCUUAGAGCUUAUGUGAACCAUACGGGGAUCAUCUUCUGUAGCUCCAUCUUGCAUUAUUCUUUGU